GACCGUAGUGAAACCGGAGGAAUCCGUCUUCUCGGGCCAGUUCUUCGAGAACGUCCUGGUGGUGCGGUCAACGCGAACAGCCGUGCUCUGUGUGAUAGUACUUGGUGUGUUUUUACUUGGAUAUGACAUCUGUCGCAAGCUGGUGACAUAUGCGGUAAGGAAAACUAAGCAACACCGGACAUCAUGUACAAAUAUUUAGGAUUGUGUCUAGUCUUGACGUCGAUGGCGGGCGGCCAUGAACCUGACGGUUGGCACCCGUUCCAACAGAGCGACCUCUUCCCAGGGCCGAAGCCUUCCUUCCACGCCAAGCCGUCUAGCUUUGGCGGUGGAGAUACAGGAUAUCACCAAGGUAGUGGCGACCAGUGUGAAGUUUACAAAGUUGGUUUCACCCAAGACUUGUAUUUCCAAUAUAUCCAAUACAAAACUAAUAUUCCAGACACAAAGCAGUUCACAUUAUGCUUCUGGAGUAAAUUCUUCAAUCAUUCCAAUGACCAUCCUAUCUUCUCUUACGCUGUGGAUGGUCAGCCUCGUGCCAUCUACUCGGUGGUGUCCAACACCGAGCGAUCCAGCUAUUUUAGCAUGUCCGUGGAAGGGCACACGUUCUACAGGCUCAACUACCCCCUCCGCCUGAACAGAUGGUAUCACACUUGUCAGAGUUGGAAUGGAAAGACAGGAGAGUGGCAGAUCUGGGUCAACGCCGAGCGCGUCGGCAGAGGGUUCCACAAUAGGUUGGUUGGACACACCAUUCCAGGCGGAGGUAUAGCCAUAACAGGUCAAGAGCAAAGCCAGUUAGGUGGAGGAUUCCAAGAAGGCAUUCACGCACCAAAAGGAUCUGGGGGCAUGCUUGGAGAAGUAACCAUGGUGCAACUCUACAGAGUCGCCUUGACGGCAGGAAAAGCCCACAAGGACCACAAACACCACCACGCGCACAAGUACGACCAUGACGGCAGGAUGAUCACCACCCCAGCUCCUACAACUCCCCGCAUCGUCUCAAGACUUCCCAUGCACCCCCUCCUAAGCGGCGGACAAAUCAAUCGCAACGUCAGAAUUAACUUAGCCGCGGGCCAGCAACAACCGCAGGUGAUUCCUGGUCAGAACUUCGACGCUCACUACAUAAACGGACAAUUUAUUGGAAGUCUCGUCUCUCAACAGUUGACUCAAGCACAAGGUGGCCCUCAGAGAUUCGGGUUCCAACCCCAGCCACAGCAAACUGCUGGAAAUUCCAAUUCAUUUCAAAACCAGUUCUUCGACACUGGGCUGGGUCAAGACACGCAAGUUCAAUUCCUCGACAACGGCCAUUCCAUCCUGGAGACGCAUAACCUGUUCAAGCGACAAGAUGGAGACACAGCUCAGCCAGAGGCAAAAUUCGGGGAUAAGAUCGUGGCGAAACGCGAUAGCGACACAAGUGAAGCCAAGCAGAAGAAGAGGGAGUUGUAUCUGUCCGGUGGAACCAUAUUUGACAACCAAUUCAUCGAUAAAGGAACCGACGAGUUCGAUCAAAGUCUGUUAUACGGCCUGGCGGGUGUUGGCCAGAACCAAGUGAUCUCUCAGCAGCAAAAGCAGACGGAAGACGAAAGGGAACCCGCCGAAGCUGAAGUUAAAGCAGUGCUGAAUAUAUGUACCGGUUGCGAUCCGGAACCUUUCGACAAGGCUUUGAUUUUCGGAUGGAGGACCGUGCCAAAAAAGCUGUAUUCAGGGGCUUUUUACACACCGGCAGUUCCCGAAUGCAGAGCAUUUUAACAUGCCAAUUCGAGUAUUGUAAAUACAUCUCCUCAUCGUCAUCCUUCACCCCAUCUCCAUCUCGAUUAUAGUAUUAUUGUUUGUUACUUUUGUAUUUAAUGCUGAUAAUUAUUUCCGCUAAAACAUAUUUAUGAUAAUUUUAAGGUAGUUAUUUUUUUUAAAUAAAUUAAGUAUGAAAGUAAAGAAA